AANNNUGCGAAAUCAGAUAAAGUGAAAAUCGCUAAAAAGAUCGCUAAAGAUAUGGAGAAAUGGGCCAAAACUCUGAACCAAAAGAAGGAUACGUCUCGUACUUGGAUUCCUAGCGAACCGCCCGUUACUGGCGAUAGUGUCCAAAGUUGUACGGCUGACGCGGGCUUCACAGUAUUGGAACAGCAGGUGUCAAAUGCCGAGACCGACACUUCUGUCUUCGACACAUUCCCUAAACAAGUGAUUCCUCACGAGUUGAAGGCAAACACAGAUAAUACGAAUCACUUCUGUUUAAGUGCUUAUGAAAUCAUAAGAGCAGAGGAGAAGCGGUUAACCGAUUGGGCAAAGUUAGCCUGUCUUCUAUGUAAACGACAAUUCUCUACAUCAGAACUGCUCACUAAACACAUACAGCUCUCAGACUUGCAUAAAGCUGGUUAUAGAGAUAGGGCUAAAGAAAGGAGGAAGAAAUACGGAUUACCGGAAACGCCUGAAACCAAUAAAAUGAAGACGAAAUAUUUAACUGAAUUAGAAGAGCGCUCUUCUAGUGAUACUGUCGUACAAUCACAUCAAACGCCUAUUUCUAACGAUAAUAUUGGCAGUAAAAUGUUGAAAGCCAUGGGUUGGACUGAAGGAACGGGAUUGGGAAAAGCAAACCAAGGAACAAAAAAUAUCAUUCAAGUCGAGAAGAGAACAGAUGGUAUAGGACUAGGAAUGCGAUCCGUAUGUCCGGCUCCGGGCGAGACAUAUAGGGAUGCCGUACGACGAACAAUGCAACUGAGGUUUAAAGAAAUGCACGAAUGAAUGGUUCGAGAAAUGGAUGAAUUAAUUAUUUCAAUUUAUAUUCAAAUUAUAUUAUAAUUCAUUUUUGUUUACUCUAUGUAAAUAUUUUCACAUUUUAUUAAACGAUUCAAUUUUA